GUGCACCGCGAUCCAUCGAAAGCGCUACAGGACUUCCUUCCGGAUUCGUGCAGCAAAGGCACAAACGUUGGCAGUCUAGUAGUGGGAUAAGCAACAACAACAACAACAACAAAAGCAGCAGCAACCACGAGAACCACUACACAGCAGCAUGAAGGACCUCUUCUCCCCCGAUCGAACCGGUGUUGGUGGUCCCCCGGCGGACUCGGACGUGUCCAUGGACGAGGCCUCGAACGCCUCGGCGGCUCCGGGGGGUUUCCASGAAUCGUCCUCGUCGAUGGCGAUCGGCUCCCCUCCCCUCGCGCAGCGGAGAACGCGGAGGUCCCCCUUUCCGGGGACGGGCGGCCCGAACCAGGGCGUCCGAAGCCGCCUCUUUGCGGACGAGGCCGCCGACGGAAAGCCCCCGCACAAGGCCGGGAACCAGCACCACCAACUCCACCACAAGCCAACACCCUCCAUGAUCCUGAAACCCCUCGAUCUCAACAAGGAAUUCGAGUUUGCCGGCGGGCCGGACCCCCGGCCCCCCCACCACGCGACAACCACGGACCCAGCGGGCGGCGGCGGCGGAACCCAGGGGAAUCCCGGCCACCCCUCCCCCCGGCCCCCUUCGAACGCCACCGCUGCCCUGCGCAAGCGGCAGGCGGAGUCCCACGACCUCUACGGGAGCCGGUGGGCCCGGGGACCGGAGGAGGACGCCUUUUCCGCGGCGGAGAGCCCGAUGGACACCUACGCGUCUCCGCAGAUCUCUCCCUCGACGCCCGGCGGGGGGCGGGGAAGCGGGGCGGCCCCCGGGCACCCCCUUCCGAUCCAGUCCUUUUACGCGCAGCACCACCAGCCCCACCGGGGACCGGUUCCACACCCGCAGCACCCGCCGCCGCUCCACUGCCACAAGUCCCCCUCGCACUUCCAGACCAUGGACGGGAGGACGGUCCAGUCGAAGAACCCCUUUUCCCCCAUGAUCUUCGAUUCCGAGAAACUCACCCCGACGGUCCGCUUCCCGGUCGUUCCCAGCGCUUCCGGGGGGGCACCRRCGGCGCUGGGCCUCGGCCACCCGCUCCUCCUCACCACCGAUUCCCUCAGCGAGGACCGGAGGGGGACCCACCUGGUCCCGAGGCACAAGCUCCACAAGCGGGGGACCAACAGCCCCUGCCAUCCUCCAAAGGCACAASCGAUCCGGCAAGGGGAGCCGGUGGGCAUGGGCGUGUCCGGCCUGGUGCCACCCCCGCACGCGGGGCCGCACGCGGGGGAUGCCCCCUCUUCGAUCGAGCAAAAGGCCUCCCUCUACACGCGCAACGGGUACCCCGAGCGGACGGGCCGGUAUUCCUUUACGGGAUCCCCCAUCAAGGAGGGAGUCGCCAAGCCACCGGCCCUUCCUCCCCGCGAGCCAACCACCGAGGCCGGGUUCCGUGCCAACCUCCACAAGGUCCGGAGGCGGAGCAGGGGCGACGACGUCGUSGCGGCCCAGGGAGAAUCCUCCUGGAAACGCACGGACAUGACCGUCCACACGGGCACCGAUCCAAACCACGGCAGCAUCGGCAUCUACAACAGCAACAACAACAGCAGCAACGACAACAUCAGCAACACCCAUGGCUACGGAUUCUACAGCGCCCACGGCAGCAGCGGAAGCGGCCCGGAGCACAAGACCUUUUACUACAACCAGCAACCACCGAACCGCUUGGGCCUCCAGAACCACCCCUGCGACGACAACGUCAGCCCCACGGACGUUCUCAGUUUUCCGGCGCACUUCCGGGCCUCCCCCCCGGACACCUCGACGGUCCCACCGGCUCCCUCCAAGCCCGCCCGGAGGCCGCCGCUGCGGAAGUACACCCCGAUCCGCAGGGCCCCCGGGCCGCCCCGGACCCCCAAGCCGAGGAUGGUCCGGAGGUUCGGGGAAAUCGGAACGGGAUUCGGCGGGGACGACAGCAGCGACGAAGGCARCGGCGGAGGGGGAGCGAACCGCCACCGGAGCAGGCACCAGGGACCGGAAACAGCGGUCGGCGACCCCCGGCCCCCCUCGCGGUUCCACUCCGAUUUCGACGUCAUCGACGAGCUCGGGAGCGGGAGYUUCGGGAACGUCUUCAAGGCCCUCUCGCGACUCGACGGAUGCAUGUACGCCAUCAAGGUCGCCCACCGCGUCGCCAAGGGAAACAGCGACCGGGACCGGAUGCUCAAGGAGGUCUACGCGCUCUCCGCCCUCAGYGACCAGUCCGACACGGCCACCUUCCACAUCGUGCGGUACCACCAGGCCUGGAUGGAGGAACAGCGCCUCUACAUCCAGACCGAGCUCUGCACCACCACCCUGGAGGCGGCGAUGCAAGAGGCCGCGCCGGGACGACUGGACACGACGACACGCUUCAAGUGCCUGCGGGAAAUACUGCUGGCCCUGGAGUUCAUCCACGGGAACAAAAUGGUCCACCUGGACAUCAAGCCGGAAAACAUAUUCGUGAGUCCCAUUCAAUACAGCAAAAAACACGACCGGACAAAAGUCCGUUCCCCGCGCGGGUUGAGGUUGCUUCCGGUGAUUUCUCACGCCUGUCUUUUGAUUUCUUUCUUUUUUUUUGCUUUGUUGUUGCCGCUGUCCCAAACGCCAAUGCCGAUUGUUUUGUUGCGGACAAUGGGUCGGCUCGUGCAGCUGAAAAACGGCCUGUUCAAGCUGGGGGAUUUUGGAUUGGUGUCAAAGGUUUCGUCGCACGACGUCGAAGAGGGAGACUCGCGCUAYAUGUCCAUGGAACUCUUAUCGGGGGACCACAAAGACCUGACGAAGAGCGACAUUUUUUCGCUCGGAAUUGCCGUCUACGAGGUUUGUCUGGGGCGAACGAAAGCCCUGCCACCCAAUGGAGACGAGUGGCGGGCGCUGCGAUCGGGGUGCAUCGUGCYGCCGCCGUACACGMCGAACGAGCUCUUCCAGAUCAUCAAGAAAAUGAUGAACCCAACCUAUCMAGAAAGACCGUGUGCCACCGAUCUCCUAAAGCUGCCAGAACUCUUGAGCGAGGAGCAAAAACUCCUCUUCGAAGAAAGGGAAAAGGUGCUGCAAGCAAACCAGGCACUGGAAGCACAGUCCAAGAAGAUGACUCUGCUCCAUCCCUUUCCAAAACCGAGAGGACUGGUGCGCAGAAAUACCUGGUCGGCGUUUUAGUAGCCCCUUUGUGGCAGYGGAAUAGAGCGAAACCGCAUGAAUCCUAGCAAGAAUCUCCAGGCUCGCUCACCCGAUUCUUCGAUUCUUUGMGCGGUGCCCURCACUUGAGCGCUGCUGCACUUGCGUGCGGAAGGUCUGCCGUAGACGAGUUUAUUGUUGUUCCUUAAGGGGAAGUUAAAUUAGAAAUUGACU